AUGAGCAAAGGAGGUGCAUCAUCGUGUAGUCUUCUUGCAACCUUUACAACGACCCCCCGAAGAACGAAACGAAGACCAUACUCAAAGUUACAGAUCUACGAGCUAGAGAAGGAGUUCCAAGCAAAUAUGUACUUGACCCGUGAUCGACGCUCCAAGCUCUCACAGGCUCUCGAUCUCACGGAACGUCAGGUCAAAAUCUGGUUCCAGAAUAGACGAAUGAAGAUGAAAAAAAUUAACGAAAAAGAAAAGACCCAAUCAGCGAAGAAGAAAUCAACUGAUGGCUCGUCACAUACCUCAUCCACCACCUCAUCCACCUCAUCAACAUCGUCGUCAUCGUCUGCGACAACGAUGUCGCAGUCGAGUACAUCACAACAUCAACAGCAGCAACAACAUCCCCAUCAUCAACAUCAUCACCACCACCACAACCACCACCCAUCACCCAUCGCGAUUAAUACGUCACAUCCAUCCGUUGGUCAUCAAUCGCAACUUCGAUGA